GCGGGGCCUGGGCUCGGGAGCGCGCACAAGCUGUGGGAGACAUCGUUACCGUGGAGCUCGAGCACACACACACGUCUGGCCCCAGACUCGGAGACCCUGGAGUCCUCAGCGCCGAUUAGGGCGAUCCGCGGACACGACAAACAUCAAUGAAACAUAUAGUGCACUGCAGGAGCCAUUUUCCUCGCGUAAGCGGAUUCCCAACUCCAAAGAAAUGAAUGCGUGCAAUAACACAAAGAGUCCCUAGGCAGAGCCAGAGGCAGAAUGGAGUCCCAGAACACACACACGUCCCAUGGAGAUAACAGGGACAGAGAAAGGAGACGGCACUCCCGUAGGAGCCUUGACAAGAAUUCAGAACCCCCUUUUAAGUCCCCGCACCGCAAGAACAAGGAGAAACCAGACGGUGACAGUCCCAUGAGCGAAAGGGCGAGGACCAGAACGCGGGACCCGGACAAAGAUCACAACUCCGACGACGAGAGGAACAGCGACUCCUACUACUCGGAUGACUAUGAGAACGGCUCCUACGUGUCUGACCAGUCUCGCACUCCCAGCUCUCACUCGCCGUCCCCCGGCCCCAGGAGAGAGGGGCGCACCAGGCGCAUCUCGAGCAGCCCUCCGUGUAAACAAGGCUUGAAGAAGAUGGGAUCGAGGCAUCUAAGUAACAGGGCUAUGGGACAGAGGAAUUGGGGGGUCCGAUCCCAAAGCCUGAACAAAGAGUCUCCUCCUAAGGACCUGGACCUGGUGACCAAGCGUGUCCUGUCUGCGCGGCUGCUGAAGAUCAAUGAGCUGAAGAACGAGCUGGCGGAGCUGCAGCUGAGGCUGGACGGGCUGCAGAAGGAGAACAAGAUCCUGCGGCAGCUUCAGCACCGGCAGGAGAAAGCCCUCCACAAGUUUGAGGACACGGAAAACGAGAUAUCUCAGCUCAUCUCCCGCCACACCAACGAGGCGAGGACCCUGCGGGAGCGCCUGCGCAGGGCCCAGGAGAGGGAGCGCGCCGCGGACCGGCAGCUGAAGGAGACGGAGGACGAGCUGCACCGCUGCAGGAGCACGCUGCAGAAGCUGCGGCGGCUGGCGCAGGACCGGCACCUGGCGGAGCGCGAAGAACUGGCCCGCAAGCUGGCGCAGGCCGAGGGUCGUCUAGAAGACAACGACCGGAGGAUCAAGGAUCUGGAGAGAAACCUGGAGCUGAGUAGCAGCAGCUUUCACAGGCAGCUUGUGGCUGAGAGGAAGAAAGCUCACGAAGCCCAGGAGGAAGUCAGAAACCUCCAGGGAGAGCUUGAGCGACUGGGACAGAAACUUAAGGAAAAAGAGAGGGAACUUGAAACAAAGAACAUCUAUGCCAACCGUAUACUAAAGCCAUCACCAAAGAAAGAUGGAGACAGUGCCUCAAGGAAAAAAGCUCCUAACAGGAACGCAACAAAGAGUGUGCAGACUGAUGAAAACCUGUUGCCCAUCGAGUUUCCUACACCACCCCCUGCUAUCACUGAUGGUUCACGGAAUUCAAAAGAAGAUGAUUAUCUUUCAUCAAAGGAAGUGGAGGACAAGGGGCUUGAGCAGAGGCUAGCAGAGGAGCAGCAGAGAGCGGAGAGAGACCGGGAGGAACGGGAGAAGGAGAGGGAGGAGAAGCUGAAGAAAGAUCAGGAGCUCCAAGCCCUGGAGGAGAAAGCAAGGAGACUGCGAGAAGAGUGGGAGAGGGAGGAGGAGGAGAGGAGGUGGCGUGGAGACCCCCUGCAGCAGGAGCAGCAGCAGGCUGAGGAGAGGGAGAGGAGACAGUGGGAACGGGACCCGCACAGUCUGGAGCGAAUGGCAGAGGAGCGGCGCAAGAAGGAGCAGCUUCUGGCCAGGAUGCGGGAGAUUGACCAGGAAACUCAAAGCGACGAUUUGUUUUCCAAUUUCUCUGACUCCAAGCCAGCCAAGCACUCCGCGGAGCCACAGAGUCCAACCCCAUCGAUUUUCAAGUUCACCGAGCCAGUGGAGAACCUUCCCAAUGGCAUGCCUUCCCAGGGGACCAAAGACGCUCUCAAAAAGCCCGACUCCUCAGGACGCAGAGGAAUUAAGGUUCAGGAGUCCAGUGAAGAUCUGACCUUCGGUAGCUACGUGCCAUCUUUUGGGAAGGCAACGAGCAGGAGUGGACUUACUAACCAAACAAGUGAAAGUGCUGAACAAAAACACAGAGACACUCUAAAUCUUAAUUUUGGCAAAGAUAAGAAGACUAACCUUAUGCAACAGUUAUUUGGUUCUACUGCCAAUACAGACAUGUCCUCCAAGAUGGAGAUACUGAGUCCUCCAGCAGCCAGCAAGAUGUCUCAGGGAAACAGUGUCCCCUUUCCCUGGGGGAAAAGCACCCCAGGCAAGAAAAAAGAGAGACAUUUUUUGUUUGAUGACAUGAAAACCACCACCUCCAACAGCAACGGGCUGCAGGUUGCCGAGAACAAGCCAACUGUGAAGGCCAUAAACGCAUUUGAGGAUGAAAUUGAGGAAGUCUCUCUUUAGAUAGCAGUGUUCUCUAUACAUAAUACCACUGUUAUUAUUCUAGUUGAAGGCUCCCAUUGUAUCUUUCCUAUUACUGAAAACUACAUUUGCUUCAUAAAGGAAUAAGCUAGGGUCAUUCUAUGUGAACUCAGUCAGAAAUUCCCACCUUAAGGUUUAGAUGUUUCUUAUGUCAUUUGGACAGACUUUAGAUCAGAUAUGAAAUCGGUUCAAUUAUUUGAGCUUGUAGAUAGAUUGGCAGUUCUUUUAUUAAUGAAAGGUUGCAAAAUCUGCAUAAUUGUGAUUUAUUGAUUGUGAUAAUGAGUGAUUGCAAGGACCUAAAAGUGCCAUUUUUAUUGUUAUCCCUAGGAAAUAAUCAGUUCAACCAAGUUAAUAGAAUUAAACCAAGGUUUGUAGGAAUCAGGGCUUUGUCAUUAGAAAAAUAUAGAUUUAAAAAGUGUGACUUCAAGUCCUUGUUCAUUCUAAAGUAGUAAAUGUAUCAACGGCCAGUUGCUUAUACAAUUUAAUUAUGUUAUUGACUCUCUUUAUGCAGAUCUCCAUCUCCAUUGCACGCAUUCAGUCUGAUUAAAAAUCUUCACAAAUUGUCGCUAGGAAGAAAUGUAACAAACUGGAACAUCUGGUACAUAAGGAUGAAUUGCCUUAUGGCGUAGGAGUUAACAAACUGAUCUUGGGUCACUCUACAAUGAUAUUGAAAUUGGCAUUUCAUGCUACUACCAGAUCCUGAGUGUGGUUGUACAACAAAAUCAAACUAUUGAGGUGGGAAUAUUCCUGGAUUUCAAGAUGAUGUUUUUUUUUUAUUUGAAUAAAGGGACAUGAAUGUUAUAUAUUCUAUCAAUAACAUAAUAAAUGGUAAAAUGUAAUUUACUUCUACAGUGCUGAGAAAAAAUUUUGAAUCCCCUAGGUUGGUCUGUAUUCUCCUGUAUUUAGACUUAAAACAUAAUUAGAUCAUCCUGAAAGUCUAAUAAAAAAUGAAGAUUAAAUAUAAAAUGAAGAUUAGACUUUACCGAUUAAAUGAAUAACACAAAUAACACAGCCUGACAUUCUUCUCCAGUGUUUGCAGAUACAAUGCCUAAUUUGUUGUUCCAGCAAGCCAUUCUGGUCUUGGGGCAACAAAUCAGUCCCAUGUCAUGAUAUUCCUACCACAAUGCUCGAUAGUUGGGAUGAGGUUCAUCUGUUGGAAGGCAGUUGGUUGGUUUUCGCCACACGAAAAGGUUCUUAUUGUGGCAAGAAAGUCAUCUGUUCAGUAGUCUGGUGGAUCUUCAAGUUGCUCUUUGCAAACUUAAACCAUGUAGCGAUGUUAUUUUUAGAGAAUAGUGGUUCUUUCUAUUCUUCCAUUCCCAUGAAAACGAUUCCCACUUAGUCUUCUUGAUGGUUGAGGCAUGAACACUGACAGUGGUCCCAGCAGGAGAGGCUUGCAGGUCCUUAAAUGUUACUCUGGGGUUCACUUUGACCUCAGGUGAUUUUCUGUUUUGCUUUAGGGGAGAGCUUGGCAGGAUGACCGGUCCAAGGUAGAGUCACCGUACUCCUGAAUAUUUUCCAUUUGUUGACUGUCUAACAGUGGAACGAUGGAGAAAGUUUUCGAAAUGGUUUUGCAACCGUCUCUGGUGUUGAAUGUCAGUUACUCUUUUUCUGAGGUUCUCUGAAAUCUGUAAAAAAGAGACGCAGCGUUUCAGCUGUGGAGCCUUCUUCAGGUGUGGCAGGAUGACCGAAGACGGCUCGACAGCCUCCAAGACUCCAAGGCUGUGAAGGCUCCUCAGCUGAAACAUGCCUCUUUUCCUUUCAGCAUGGAAUAGACUAUUAUCUUUUUAUUCAGGAAGCCAAUCCACUGGGCCAUUAACCUAUUAAGCCAGAUAGUUGAGGCAGGAUUCUCUGACAGACAUUAGAACUUCUAGCAUCCAAGCUACUGCUGACCUUUUGCUAUAAGAUAUUUCCUAAUUCUUCUACUAGACUUUCUACUGACUAGUAAAUCAUUCCCCUUCACAGACGGUUCCCUAUCUUCUUAUUGAAGCCUUAAUCUUUUAAAGCCUGCUUCGCUACAUCUAGUUACAUUCCUCUCUCUCCGUUCUGCCCUGGGGUCUAUUGGAAGCCCUGUUCUUGGAUUUUGACCUCUCACUGGCUGCAGCUCUACAGUAUAUCCAGUAUAACAUCUGUAUGAUGAAAAUGUAUUAUUAAGAACAGGGCUGCCCAAACAGUCUUUGUGUACUUAUUCCUUUAUUACUACCUGAUUCUAUUUACCACCUUAAGCAGGCUAAGUAGCUGUUCGCUUAUGAAUUCCCAUACACUGAUUCUUAAUUUUUAUAUUUUUUUCCGAAUUGCCUAAAUCAUUGCAUCUCAAAAACGCUGAAUUGAUAAAUAUAAAUUAUUUUGGUUAUUUAAGAAAGGUCUGGUAUUGAUUAAAACAAGGGUAUCGUGAUAAGACAUUGCUAUUCAUAUAAUUACACUGGGGGUUCACAAACUUUUUCUUGGCGCUAUAUAAAUGAUUUGAAAAAAUAUCAAGAAACUGAAAUCCAGUUUGGAGUAUCUUAUCUAUUUGUAUGCACUUCAAGUGAAGUAAUGCUUUAAGAAGAUACGUUUGAGAAGAAGAAUAAGUUGGUUGGAUACAAAACAGUCUUCACUUAGCUCCAGUUUUUUUAGACUUUUCUCUGUUUUCUUUAUACUGUUCACCUGAGUUUCUAAAAAAAAGGGAAGGAGAAGAGGAAGAUGAGUAGUCUGGUACAUGAGCCCAUCAUAAGUGCUUAUGGCAAUUUUGCUUUUUAAGGUAUGACUAAUAUAAUUAGUAAAACUAACAAUCCCAACUGUAAAAUAGAGCAAAUGCAAUUCUUAGGGUAAAACAAAUAGGAGGUAUUCACUGUGGCAUAAAAGCCAACAACAUAGAGCAUCACAGAUGCCCAGUAUUUUCCCUCUGGUAUAUUUUGUGCAUAUUAUUAAAAUUAAUUUUGGGCAGUGACGACAGAAAAUAUACUAAAUUUAGAAUGAAAUGAGUGUAUAUUAAAGACACUCUUAAAAGGGAAAUGACAAGCACUUGCCUAGUCCAACCGGGCCUUUAUAGUUGUCUUAGCUUUCUUAAGACGUUUUCUUGGCUUUCUUAAGAAAAUGCAGCAGAAUUUAUUACCUCCCUCAUGAAAUUGCAUGAAUUGGAUCUAAGUACUUCAGAAGUCAGGUUAGCUUUAUUUAGGCUGGUCAGCUUAAUGAUGGCUCACCCAUAUGUGUAAAGUCGUAAAUGAACCUCUCAGGAAAUAGAAUAAUAACCUUCAAGUUUCUAGCUAGGAGGGUGUAGUGUUUUGUUUGCUAUUAUGUACAGUAAUUGAAAUCGUGGAAUAAUGGAUCCAAAUUAGAUCAUUUUAUGGUAAAGUAGAAAUGUAUCUCUUUAAAUAGUUUAGUUAUAUUUAUAUAAUGUAUGUAAAAAAAAAUGAAGAAUAAUGUUUUAUUAUAAAUUAGCACUUGGCACUUAUUUCUUCUGAAGCUUGUAAAUUAAUGGUUAUUAUUAUACAUUAUCAAGGGUUUGGCUGAUUAAAAACACGUUUUGAAAGAAAAUCAUUGAUUUAAUUAUCUAUUUUAUUUUAUUCUCUAACACAGUACCUAUUUUAAGUAAGGUAUCUCCAGAAAUACACAUGAAGGUGACAUCUUCUUGUAGAUUGGAGUUAUGAACAGCAGAUGAUUUCUCAAAUGUAUUUAAAUAUUUUAGAACUUAUUUUUUAGUGCCUCUGGUUACUGGAGAUAUUUAUCCAUAUUUUGUAGCAGAUUAAGAACAGUUUUUAUUAUUUUUAUUCCUGUUAUGUCUGAACUAUAGUUACAUAUCCUGAGAGAAAUUUCAGAAGAGUCAUAUAAGGUCUAUAUUAGGCUUAGUAUGUAUUGUGUCUUGUAAAAUAUGUUUGAUCUAAUUAAAUAGUGUACAUAUAAUUUUGGUUAAAUCAAGUUUACAAUUAAUAUUUUCUCUGUUUAGAAACCAGUUUUCCAAAAUCUACAAUUAGUGUUAAAAAAU